AUGCCAAAUAUGGUUGGGUGUGCACUUUGCAAAGAGGGGUAUUACAGAGAACAAAGUGAUUGUGUUGCUUGUGACUCCACGUGUGCGGUGUGUAAAGAUAAAAUUUCGUGUAUUACAUGUAAAUCAAAUUAUUUCUUGAUUCCUUCAGAACAAUUACUUUGUCAAAGUUAUACAAGCCUUGUCGGUUGUUCAGAUAAGACGCAAUUCGGUUGUGAGCGAUGUGAAGAGGGGUAUUACUUGGACCCCUAUAUAUCUCGGUGCAAAACAUGUAUUGAAAAUUGUUCAGAGUGUAUUGACCAAUUGUCAUGCAAUGCAUGCAAAAAAGACAAUAUAUAUGUCAACAAAAAAUGUGUAUAUUACACUCAAAUCAAGUAUUGUAUUACAGCGUUUAAUAAUGAAUGUUCCAAGUGUAGCAAAGGUAAACAACUCAGUGAUGAUAGAAAAUCAUGUGAAGACAUGCCAAACACAGUUUUAAUAACAAGUCUAUCAGUCACUUUUGUAGUAAUAGUUAUUAUUAUAGGUACCAUGUUAUUAUUGACAUUAUACUACUUGUACAUCCACUUUGGAACCAAAAAGAAGAUGCAGAAUAUUUGUGUAUUCAAAAUGAAGCGAUCAAAUGUUGCGUUUUAUGAUAUGAACGAAUGGCUUGUUUCCAACAAGAAGACGCUUGUUUUUGCUGUUGACGACAAUGAAAACGGUGAUAUUCCAGUUGGUAAAGAAACACGUGAGUUGUUGUGUGUUGGAAACAAGUCAAAAAAUUCAAUUAAAAUUCAGUUUAGUGUUUUAAACGGAUGUGAAAAUUACAACAUCAAAACGGAGCCAAGUUUGGUGAAUUUACAAAGUGGAGAAGCAUGUGAAUUUGAAAUGUUUUUGACACCUAUUUGUUCGUGCAACAUCGAUGAUAAAAUCACAUGUGUCGGUCUUGAUAUUCAAAAAGGUUUACAAAUGAUCCAACAAAUUCAAAUAAGUGCAAAAACCCAAAUGACAACACAUCUUGAUUACCAUGAGUUACAGGAAGAAAAACGACUUGGUGAAGGAUCGUUUGGAAUUGUGUAUUUAGGUGAAUUCAGAGGAUACAAAGUUGCAAUUAAGAAAAUGAAAGAGGGGUGUGAUGAUGAAAUUAAAAUCACAGAAUUUGAAAAAGAAGUGUUAAUGUUAGACAAAUUCAGAUGUGACUAUUUGGUCCACUUCUAUGGCGCCGUUUUUAUACCAAACAAGAUAUGUAUAGUUACCGAAUUUGCUCAAUACGGAAGUUUAAACGACUUAAUAAAAAACAGAAUAGAAACUACAAUACAGAAAGAAAUUAAAAUUAAAUUCAUGAAAGAUAUGGCGAAUGGGUUGCUUUAUUUACACACAAAUGGUGUUGUUCACAGAGACAUCAAACCAGACAAUUUGCUAGUGUUUUCACUCGAUUUGGAUACCAAAGUGAAUGCAAAAUUGACUGAUUUUGGGAGUGCAAGAAAUAUCAAUUUAAUGAUGACUAACAUGACAUUCACCAAAGGUGUUGGAACACCAGUUUAUAUGGCUCCCGAAGUGUUGAAAAAAGAAAAGUACAAGAAGAGUGCCGAUAUUUAUUCGUUUGGAGUAACUAUGUAUGAAACGUUGAAGUGGGGAGAUGCGUACGAUAAAAACAUGUUCAAGUUCCCAUGGAAAAUUGCGGAGUUUGUGAUAUCGGGUAAACGACUUGAGAAAAAUGAAAAUAUGAGUGAAGGUCAAUUUGAAUUGAUACAAAGAUGCUGGAGCCAAAAACCAGAAGACAGACCAUUCAUUGAUGUAAUUGUCAAGAAGUUAAAGAUUAAUUAA